AAGAUAUACGGAGCAAUCUGUUCAGCAGGCUGCAAGUGCGUACAAUGGCAGUUAGCCGUGGGGCAUAACAACGCACUAACCCUUGUCCCAUCAUUCCUCUCAAUUUCUCACACUUUUGGUGUGUGUUCUAGAAUUUCUGUGAAGCCUAUCUUUUUGUCCUUUUUUUUCCCUUCUUCUGCCCCUACUGAAUAUCCGUUCAAAUUCAUAUGAAGACUGAGCACAAGAGAAACCACCACCAGCAGCGCGAUUUGUGGUGGCGGCGCCUGGUGGUGCGCAAGUGGCUUAACAGAGCAAACAACAACUACUCCGACGACAGCGAAUCCGAUUCCGAACAACAAGAAUUUCGUGAUCGGCCAAAAGAGACCGGUUUCACGAGUGUUGAAGCUGAUGAUGAACCUCAGGUUGAUUUUGAUGAGGCUCUUCCCAGAUUAAGACGACGAAAAUCGGAAACAUUUCGAGCUCAAUAUAUUAACGCCAAGGAAAUCAGGAUAUGUGCUGCCACGUGGAAUGUUGGGGGAAGAGUUCCUCCUCGUGAUCUAAAUCUUGAUGAUUGGUUAGAUAUUGACGACCCUGCUGAUAUUUAUGUAAUUGGCCUUCAGGAGAUCAUCCCAUUAAAUGCUGGCAAUAUAUUUGGUUCUGAGGACAACCGCCCGAUUUCGAAAUGGGAAAACAUAAUCCGCGAAACUCUGAAUCGAGUUCCACCGGUUACUAGGUUCAAAAGCUACAGCAAUCCUGCUUCUCCGUCGAGGUUUAAGCCAUUUGAAGAUUCCCCAGAUAUAGAAGAUGAAGUUGUGCUUGAAUCCGACAGUGAUAUUGAGGAUGAAAUCCACCCGUUGAUUCAAGAGCUAAGUGAUUUGUCCGAAAUCGAGGAUGGAAUUGUUGAAGAAAGUCCAGAUGCCUCUGUCUCCAACAAUAGUAACAGUUUUAGCAAGUCAAUGGAAUAUGACGAGGGGAGCAGUCGAUUCUCUUCUCCGAAAAGGCUGGAGAGAAUCAAUUGCUUAAAAAUAGAUGAUGAUUCUGAAGACAAUAUCGAAACCCCAAAAUCUCAGUACAUUGAAUUAACCAGAACACUUAGCAAGACAGAAAGAAUAGGCUUAAGCUGGCCAGAGCCGCCACUUCAUCUCUUACCUCAGCAUGGUUUAGACAAACCUAAUACCUUCAAAUCUUUCAAAUCUUUCAAAUCUUCGAAAUCUUUCAAAUCUUCAAGAACUUUCAGAACUUCGAAAUCUUUAAAAACUUCGAAAUCUUUCAGGACUUAUAGUUCUUUCAGAUCGAACAUGACGACUGAAAAUAUAAGGAGAUUUGAGAUAGCGUCUCUUGUUGAACUCGAUCUUGAGUCCGUGAUAGGCCGGAAAAGAAGGCCGCCGUAUGUUCGGAUAGUGAGCAAGCAAAUGGUUGGAGUUUUUAUAUCAAUAUGGGUCCGCAGGAGCUUACGAAGACACGUACAGAACCUCAAUGUGUCUACGGUUGGUGUUGGUCUCAUGGGCUAUAUUGGCAAUAAGGGAUCAAUAUCGGUUAGCAUGUCGAUACAUCAGACACUGUUCUGUUUUAUCUGUACUCAUUUAACGUCUGGAGAGAAAGAUGGGGAUGUGGUCAAGAGAAAUGCUGAUGUGCGUGAAAUUCAUAAACGGACACGUUUCAGUUCGCUCUCAGCUCUGGGGCUUCCUCAAAGAAUAUAUGAUCAUGAGAGAAUUAUCUGGCUGGGUGACCUAAAUUAUCGAAUCAAUUUGUCUUAUCAGAAGACAAGAGACCUAGUUGCCAAGAAGGAAUGGGACAAGUUAGUUAGGUGUGAUCAGCUAAUCAAAGAGCUUAAGAAAGGCCGUGUAUUUGAUGGAUGGUCCGAAGGUUCUUUGAGCUUUGCUCCAACUUACAAAUACGAGUUUAAUUCCGAGUCUUACAUAAGUGAGGAUCCAAAGGCUGGAAGAAGAACACCUGCAUGGUGCGAUAGGAUCCUCUCAUUCGGGACAGGAAUGAGGCUGCUAAGCUACAAGAGAUCUGAAGUCAAGCUAUCUGACCACCGGCCAGUGACUGCCUCCUAUAUGGUGGAAGUUGAAGUAUUUUCUCCUAAAAAGUUGCAACGAGCACUCAUUUUUACCGAUGCCGAAAUUGAGGAACAUGACCUUGUGACGGAUUUCUGCUGGCUUAGAUCACAAGAGGUAUGAAAAGUCUGCAACAAUGAUUCCUUGGGCUUACUGAUUUUGUAGGAUGCAUCUUGGGGGAGUUAAUGUGAUGCGUAGUUAAUGUGUUGCUAAGCAUCCCGUCCUCUCAUUCUACAUCGGUAAGCAAUUUUAGAUUCUAAACUACUUCUGUAAAUGGCAUUCGUCGUCUAUCAUCGAGAAACUAGUAAAUUGAAGGCAGUUUUGUUCACUGUUAAUAACCACUCUUGUGUAACUAAUCUAUGUGAACAAAUACUUUAGAUUUAUAUCAGUGGUUGUGAAUAUAUACAAUUUGUAACAUUGUAUGAGAGAUAUGCAAUCAUCUCCAUCGAAGGUUCAACAUCA